AUGGCUGGAGAAGAUAUUACAGAGAAAAAUGCACCUACAGCUCAGGACGAGCCAAAAAUGAACGACAAAAACCCCGAAGGCAUAGAAGACGCCGAUAGCGAAUCCGCUGCUACAUCAAGCAACUCGACAAAUGGCAUAAUGACGCCUGCUACUACAGAAGAUGAAGUGUCCCAGCCAGAAUUACCCUCCUGGUUCAAAAGUUGCAUCAAAACUUUCGAAGAACUAGCAGAAUGCGAUAUUCCGUUGACUAUCAAUGAUGCAUCAAACAAUCAAGCUCCCGAGACUGAAAAGCCUGAUCAUUAUGUUAUUGAUUCUGUGAUGUAUGAGAGCCUCUUUGACAUCGUGUUUCCUCGAGGUACGAAGGAGCAACAAGACGAUUCAGAUAUGGAGCCACCUAGAAAGUUUUGUCAUGAUGCUAUGGCACUCCGGAUGCCACACGAGUCCCACGGUCAGCAGUUUCUAAAUCUAGUGGUACAGCGCUUUGCAAGAGACAUUGGCGCCGAUAUCAUCACCUUGGGAUUACACGAUUUUGAAAACCUUGCGACUCAUUUUGCCACACUAUCGGGUCAUUCCCUUCCCGAGGGUAUGUCGACAUUUAGAGAUCUCUAUUUUGAAGAACCUGAAAAGCCGUCGGAGACGCCGAAGUCCGAUGAGAAACCGGGUACUUCGUCAUCAGAUCCUGAAAAGCCGAAGUCAACGGAUACAGAACCAGAGAAACCAGAGAAACCAGAGCCCGAAAAAGAAGCAAGAAAGAAGCUUCCAUUUCCGUUCGCGCAAUUGUUUACCUCGACAUUGGAUAAAAGGGGCUCGCAGGUAGGUACCCCAGAAAAUAAAGAACGUCCCAUAAUCAUAUUACUACCCGAAGUCGCGGACGACUUCUACAAAUCCCCUCGCAAUGUCUUGACUCAUCUGAGGGAUGCCGUCAAAGAGGCUAAGGAUCAAGGAAAAGAGAUUGCUGUCAUUGCCAUUGAUAACCAGGAGGAUCGGAUAUAUGGUUGUUAUUAUUGGGGACCUUCACCUUCAGAUGAUGACGGGUUCCUCUCUGAUCUCGGGUUUAAUCCAGUCAAGGCGGUGCAGAUAAUAGUGCCGGUCAAAACCGACUUACAGAAAAAGCUACUUGAACAGGACCACAAGAAGACGACACAGAAAGUUAAUAUCCGGAAACUACAGAGGAAGGUCCAGGAAGGACAAAAAGUCCCGUCUUUCUCGGGAUCGUUAGAGCCACACGUCGACUGGAGACUCUCGGAAGAGAGUUUCGCCACAAAACGGCUUAAUGACCCUAACUUCAACGACCGCGAAAUUGAGUUAACGGCCAGUGCCUUGGGCACCAACUCAGAUAUCGAAAACGUCGAAAGGGUGUUUGCGAGACUCAAGGUGCUGCACGAGUGGAUGGAAGAAGAAGAGAAGACACCACCGCCGGGACAGUGGGAUAGCCUCCACGAGGAUGCGCGGAAAGCAAUUGAGACGAUUAAGGGUGAUUCCUGCAAAUACAAACAUGAGAACUCAUUGCUGGACUCUAUUGUCAGCUCCGACACCGUCGAACAGAGCUGGAAAGACAUCGAAGUCGACGAAGAUACCAAAAGCACCAUCAAACAACUCGUAGACCUAGCCAGCUCCGACCCAAAAUCCCAAUAUGGCCUCUUAAGCAAGUCUCGCAUCCGCGGCGCCUUGCUCUACGGCCCGCCGGGAACAGGAAAAACACAACUAGCCCGAGUCCUGGCGCACGAGUACAAAGCCGUGAUGAUACACGUCUCCGCGGCCGAGCUCGAAAGCAAGUGGGUAGGGGAAUCCGAGAAGCAGAUCAAGGCGCUCUUCAACCUCGGUUCGAUGGUUGCUCCCAGCAUCAUAUUCAUCGACGAAGCGGAUGCCCUGUUCCGGAAGCGCGGCCCGGACGACCGGAGCUGGGAACGGAGCCGGCUCAACGAGUUGCUGAACCAGCAAGACGGGUUGAAAGCCUCCAAAAUGCCGCCGUUCUUACUGCUCGCCACGAACCAUCCAAACGACCUCGACGACGCCGUCAUGCGCCGUGUACCCGCACGCUUGUUCAUCGGCCUACCAUCGCGCUCCGCCCGCGAGAAGAUCUUCAGCAUAUUCCUUCGCGACGAAAAGGUAGACCCGAGCGUGAAUCUCUCACAGCUAGCCGGCCGCACCGCCGGCUUCACCGGGUCAGACAUCAAGACGAUCUGCACCCAAGCAGCGCUUAUCUGCCAGGACGAACUCGACAAGGCCGAAAAGUCCAGCGAAACCCGGGUGCUGACCAAGGGACACUUCGACGCCGCGUUGGCGCGAACCGGUCCGACCGUUUCCGACGGCGCCGUCCGGCAGAUCCGAGACUUCGCCAAGAAAUUCGACCCUUCCGCAGUUCAGAAGAUGGACAGAGCAGCAAGCAGAGCCCAAGAAUUCCCCCUGCCGUCGCCGUGGAGGAACAUUGCUGAUCCAGGGCUUACGGCUCUAGAUGGCAUCUGGAGGGGGGUAUGAUAAUAUUCCAGGCGGUAAGAGACCUAAGAUGAAUGACUUUUUGGAUGGAUUUAGAAAUCCGCCUGGGAACGUAGAUUUCGAAGACGAGUUGCUCAAGUUUAAGCAAUACGUUGGAUGAAAAGAUGCGUAAUAGAAUGUGGUAGGACCUGUAGCGUAGGAUUAAUUCAGUACCUAGGUACCUAGGUAGG